AUGACAAGAAAUCUUAAAGAGGAGUACGAUAAGGCUGGCCUGAAGAUGAACGUGAAGAAGUAUGAAUACUUGGCUGCUGGAACGAAAAAAGAUUUCGGGGCAAGUAGUCCACUGUGCGGCGGCCCGCCGCACAGCCCUGCCGGCUCUCUGGCCUCCCCGGCCCAGUCCGCGGGCUCGCCCCCUCACGUGACGCGGCACUGGGCUGCUCAGCCCGCCGCAGCCCACCGCACUGGAUGGGCUGGGCUGACUGUCACGCAUACUGCACAUUCCACGCUGCGCGCCGAGUUCUACCACCCUACACAUUCUGACUACUCCAAAGUCGCUCUCAGAUUCUACCUGGACAAUCUGACAAAUGGUUCACAUGUAUCUGGCUAUUUCUUGGGCACGCUGUUACCAGAUGUUUUGUGCAAUGCAGCAUGCAGUGAAGGAUACGAAGGAACAAACUUAACACCAUCAGAUGCUCAGGAAAGGUGAAGAGUCUUUAUGGUUUAUAAUGCUGUAAAACCACCAGUUGAAAUAACUUUGCAGUUUAUAUGUAAAAUUAAUUUAAGUCAUAUUUGUAUCCGGCUGACAGUCGGCAAUCAAAAGUCGUGUGGAAUUGAAAUCGAGAUAAAGGACAGCAAUGGAAAAGGAGUCGAUGGAUUUGUUACAGCAGGAAAGCGUAGCUUUGGUGCAGAACCUGGUAUCGUGUUUUUUAGAAGGGACUAUCGUGAUAAUGAAUUACCAGUUCCAACACAGUUUGUUACACAUCCUUUGAUAAACAAACAGAACGUACUUUCCAAUUCAGACUGCUUGAAAAUCAAGAUCUAUAAAACGUAUAACUCAACUCUUGGAGCAUUGGGACGCAUUGAAGUGUGGGGUUUGGUCAGCGGUUCGUGUAGUCAGUCGACAAAAGAAACAGUCAGGAAAUCAUAUACAAUGAGUAUUCCAAUCAUUUGUGGAAAAAUUGUGGCUCAAAGCAAACUUGAAAAGCAUGAAAUACAUGAAGCCAGAUGGGGCCAUGCACUAAGUGACACUUUCACUGGCAAACUUUUUUCCAAUAACAGUCAUCCAGUUUUAGCUCUAGCAUUAAAAGCAAGAAUUGUCAAAUUUCUUGUAGAUACUGCACACUGCCAGGAACUGUUUACAGUAGCUCGUACCAGUGGAAGACAGGAGACACACAGUUUAUGUCAAAGUGCAUGUGAAGUUACCAACAAGGUCAAUGUUGUAGUUUCAACAAUUAACACCCCUGCUGAUUAUUUACCAACCAGUUCUAAUGAUGCCACCUUUAAGGUCUGUUAUGAAAAAUCUGACAGCAGAAAACACAAUAAAACUGAUGGGCCCAUCAACAACAUCUCUAUCACUGUUUGCAGUGAAAAUUUUUAA